UGAGGGGGCGAUGAACGAUUCUCUCAUCUAUGUGGGAACCGAAAUGUUAGAAGGAGCUCGCGCUGUGCCGCCAAAAAAAGAAAAAGAAGAAAAGGCCGAUGCAAGCAAUCAACAAGAUAUUGAGGCGGCGAUGAACGAUUCGAUUAUUUAUGUGGGUACCGAAAUGUUGGAAGGAGCUUGCGCUGCACCGCCCAAAGAAGAAAAGAAAGAAGAGGCAGAUGCAUCCAAUGGCCCAGGCAAUUAUUCUGCAGAUAUUUCUGCAGACUCUGGCAGUUCGUUUGGUGAACCAUCUAAGGACUACACAGCAGAAUUAAAGCUACUGUACUUUGGUCAUGCUUCGGUUAUCGGCGUAGAAGGAAAUCGCUUGGAAGAAAAUCGUUCGGAAGGAAACCGUUUGGACGAAAUCAAAGGCGAAUCAAAUGACCAAUCAAUUGAAGAAAAAGUUGACGUUUCGGCCAUUGAAAAAGUAAAGAAACAAAUAGACUUUUGAU